AUGUGUCCAACGGGUCUAUGCUUUACUCCACGUGUUGAUACUAAAAAAUCUAUUGAUUUAUUUGUUGAAACUCAAGGACCUCAAGCAUUAGGUAUUGAAAUUGAUUUAGACAAAAAAACAUAUUGUCAACCACCAAAACCUUCAGCAUUAAUUCGUUUAUCUCCAGUUAGUUAUUUUUAUUCAAAACAUUCUUCUUCAAAAAGUCU